AUGACGAUGGAUCCCUGUCACCGUCUUGUACUUGAAAAAUUCAUUCAUCUUAUUGAGGAUGCUGGUUAUACAUUGGAUCAAAUUAGAGGAACACGGACAGCUUGUUAUAUUGGUCAAUAUUCAAAUGAUCAUUUAUUAACAGUUUCUCGUCAAAAAGCGGAAGCUCAACGGCGCUUCAUGGGUCCUAAUAUGGGUCUUUUUAAUGCUUCUUCAAGACUUGCGUAUCAUUUUGAUCUUCAUGGUCCCAAUGUAUCGUUAGAUACGGCUUGUUCUACCUCUCUCCAAGCUGUCCAUCUUGCGAUUCAAGCAUUAAGGAAUAACGAAGCAGAGAUGGCCGUAGCGGGCGGAGCGAAUACAAAUUAUAGCCCCGAAAAUUUUAUGAACAGCACGUUCGUUGGUGCUUUGUCCCAUGACGGAAUUUCUCAUUCAUUCAGCGCCGAUGCGAAUGGUUUCGCUAAAGGUGAAGGUAUUGGUCUAAUACUUCUUAAGAAACUAAAUGCUGCCAUAGCAGACAAUGAUCAUAUCCAUUGCGUCAUCAGAGAUGUGCUCGCUAAUCAUGAUGGCAAUCAGCUCAAAACUGGUUACACUGUCCCGUCAACAUUCGGACAACAUUUAUUACUUUCUCAAAUUUAUUCACGUAAUAAAAUAGAUCUCAAAGAGGUUUUUUACGUGGAAGCCCAUGGAACUGGUACACAAGUUGGAGAUCCGGUUGAAGCAAACACGCUUGAGAAUGGCAGCGACAUACCUCUUAAACUUCCUACGUAUGAUCCAAUAAAACAACAUUUUAUUCUGAUUUUAUCAACAAAAUGUGAACAAUCAAUGAAAAACCAAAUGGAAAAGUUUUAUUCAUGGUUUUCAACACUACCCAAAGAACUAUUGGAUACACAGGAGCAAAUAUUCUUGGCUCACCUAUGCCGUAUCAUGUUGCUAAAACGAACCACGAGCUUUCCAUAUCGAUUGUCGUUUGCAUUUUCAAACAGUGAACAGUUUAAGAAACAGAUGGAGUCAUACUUGGCAAACAAUGAUUGUUCCGGUGUUAUUGUUCCAAAACAAACUGCACAACGGUUAUCGCAACCAUUUGUUAAUAUUUGCUUUGUAUAUAGUGGUCAAGGGCCGCAAUGGUGGGCUAUGGGACGUGAACUGUAUUGUACAGAACCAAUAUUUCGUCAAUGGAUUGACAAGAUCGAUACAGAACUCAAAUUACUAUCCGAUGAGUGGACAUUGAUAGAUGAACUGAUUACUAAAGAUGAACAUUCAUCUCGCAUAGAUGAUACAAACAUAGCUCAACCAGCAAUCUUUGCGAUUCAAGUGGCUCUUACUGCUCUAUGGUUAUCAUGGGGUAUAGUUCCUAAAGUAAUCGUUGGUCAUUCAGUUGGAGAAAUAUCAGCCGCCUUUGUUGGUGGUCGAUUACCAUUAAAAGAAGCAGUCAAAGUAAUUUAUUAUCGUUCUCGUUUACAACAUCGGAAUACACGUCAAGGUGGACGUAUGUUAGCAACAUCUUUUAGUGUACCAGAAGCACAGAAACUGAUUGCAGGUGUCAAAGAUCGUGUUGCAAUAGCUGCUGUAAAUAGCUCACAAUCUGUGACACUCAGUGGAGAUGGAGCUGUCCUUGAAGAAAUAUAUGAUCUUAUUACUACGCUCAAACCAAAUCUAUUCAAAAGAUGGUUGAGAGUUGAAAAUGCCUUUCAUAGUCAACAGAUGGAAAAGUAUGAUAUUCAGAAAGAUCUAAUCACUUAUCUUGCCGACAUAAAUGGUUAUGUUUCAAACAAAGAGGCAACGGUGUUCGAUGUUGCUUGUUCGAAUGCUGUUCUCUAUUCAACUGUUAGUGGAUCUCGUACUGACAAGUCAACAGUUGUGUUCAAUGGAGAUUAUUGGUGGGAAAAUGUGAGGAAUACUGUUCAAUUCAAUAAUGCUAUUGAGUCUAUUCUUAGAGAUUUUUCAUGUGACCCCAUUCAAGCAUUUUUAGAAAUUUCUCCACAUCCUGUGCUUUCAACAUCUCUUCAAGAAAUUUUUGAUGAAAACAAGUUAUCAACAACACCAUUCAUUUGUCAUUCUCUUAAGCGUAAAGAAAACGAGCAACAAACGAUUUUAUCAUCAUUGGGUCAAUUAUUUUUGUUAUUUGACGUACGACGUGAAUUAGUUCAUCUUGAUCAUGUUAUUCAGGGAAAUAUUAUUUUUCCGGCUGCCGGUUAUAUUGAAAUGGCAAUUGCAGCUGUUAACGAGCUUAGUUUUCUGUUAUCGACCCAAGAAACAAUUCAGCAAUCGACGACAUCGAUAACGUUUGAAAAUAUUCAAUUUCUUAAUGCAUUAGUUUUAAAAGAAGAUGAAUCAGUUCAAAUCAAUACUGUUAUUAAAAUGCCAUUUCGUGAAUUUUCUAUUUAUAGUCGACGGCACACGAGCCAAGAUAGUAUUCGUUCUAAAGGUAUUAGUGGUGCAGAUAUUGCUGUAUCGUUUACAGAUGAAAAGUCCUUGAACACUUAUUCGACUAAUGAAUGGGUUCUGCAUGCCACUGGCUUAAUUAAUAUGAAAACGGAUGUUUCAUUAAUUUCCUCAUUGUACAAACCACAGACAGUUUUGGAUCGUUUUCGAAUGGACUCAAGCAGCUUGAGUUUAGCAUUAGAUGAAAGCAAAAUGAAUGAUUUUUAUACAUUUAUUUCUCGUCGUGGUUUCGACUAUGGGCCGAAUUUUAGAAAUAUUAAAUCGUUGUAUGGCAAAGUAUCGGAAAUUUUAGCAGAAAUUGCUAUCCCAUCCCUGCAUGGACCAGAUGAAGACUUAAUGCAACAAUAUUACUUUUAUCCCAUGCUUCUUGAUGCUUGCUUUCAAGCCUUGCUGUCCAUUAUUCCAGAAAACGGGACAUUUGUGCCUGUUUCAAUAGAUAAGUUAUUUGUAUGUGGUGGUACAAAUAAAAGCUUAAUACCUACACUGAAUCAAACACAAAACGUUUUCUCGUAUGCUUCAUUUAAUUCACCCUUACGAGGUAUCACAGCAGAAGAGCAAUUCACAUCCGAUCUCUUCAUUUUUAAUAGUAGUGAUUGUUUUACAACUGAAAUCCUGAUGAUGUUUCACGGUUGUAAAAUACAAAACAUUCCUGGCGUUAGUAGUUCUGUGACAAGUAUCAUAUCGCCGUUUCAAAAACUGAAAGAAAAUGCCUCUAUUAAUAAUAGAAUAAAACCUGCUGAAAUUAAUCCAUUGAUUGAACGUUUUUGUUUCAAGACAUACUGGAAGCAAUCAAAUGUUAUGUUUGAUUCAGCAUGGUUAUUACCGGAUAUAAAUACAUUAUUUAAUGCAAAUGAUAACGGUAGUGUUCAAAACAUGAUCCAGUAUGGAAAGACACAAGCGGAUAAUGAAGCUGAACAAGUAAUCGAUCUUAUCAAUGAAUUGUCAGCACGAUAUAUGUUAAUUUCGGUUAAACAACUUUUGAAUAUCCCUUCAUUGGACGAUUACAAUGUGAUUUUAACACAAUCGAAACUGAGGUCGCUCGUUAUACCGAUGUAUUAUAAAUUCCUUGAUGAAUUACUCGAUAUUCUACAAAACAAAGGCUUUAUUGAAAGGUGUGCAGACAUCAAUGGUGAACAUCAAUGGAAGUUUGCAGCCACAUAUGCUGAACAACUUUCGUUGAUUAACGAGCACAGCAAUAAUAUGUUGUUAUCGCAAAUGCUCAAACAAUUUCCAUCGAUAAAGUCGAUUCCAUUGCUUAAUCAUGUGUGCGGAUCGAAUCUUUCUCAAAUAUUGACUGGGAAAUUAGACAUAUCACAAUUAUUACUCGGACAAGGAAAUGAUAGUCUAUUAAAAGAGUGCUGCACAUUACUUGAUUUUGCUAAUAGCACCGAUACAAUAAUUGAAUAUACAUUUACUGAUAUAUCACCAGCUUUUUUUUCAAAAGCACAACAAACAUUUUCAAGAAUUCUAGAAGAAAACAAUAAGAAAAAUCUUUUACAGUUAAAUUAUCAAGUGUUCAAUUUUGAUUCUGAGCCACUACUGCCACUAUCUGUUAAUCAAAAUACGCAAAACCAAAGUCAAGCGUUUCAGCCCGAAUCAUUUGAUAUUAUAUUUGCGUCCAAUGCCGUCCACGCAUCGUCGAAUGUUGUUAUUUAUUUAUCGAACAUCCGACAACUGCUUGCACCUGUCGGAAUUAUUAUUCUUGUUGAAAUUACAUCAGCAGAACCAUUUCUUGAUUUGAUAUUUGGUUUGCUUCCGCAAUGGUGGAACACUAAUCCACAUGAUAUAGCAAGAAAAAUGUCUAAACGCGCCAUAAUAACUGCAGAACAAUGGGUAAAUGCUUUUAACCUUUGUCAAGGAUUUGAUGAAGUUCAGUUUGUCAAAGGCUUUGUUCAAUCAGUUAUUAUUGCUCGCAAAUCAACAUCCUUAUCAAUUAUUAAUAAUCUUCCAGAAAGGUUACAACAGGCAUGGGUUAUUUUUUGUGACAAUAAACAAGAAGUUGGUAUGAAAAUAGCAGACACACUUCACCGUAACUAUAAUGGAAACAGCAUAACACUAGUGGUUUCCAACGACACUUCAGCAUAUUCAUUUAACCACGUGAAAGUUGGUACUUUAACGAUGUUUGACGAUAUAAAACAUAUCUUUCAAACUGCUUUGUCUCAAUGUCAUUUGCUCAAUAUUGUUUUCGCAUGGCCGCUAGAUUUAGAACCGAUGAAAGAUAAUGAAAGCGAACGAGUAGUAGAUGAGAAUUAUUUCACUUUUCAACAUCAGGAAGAAAUGUCAUGUGGCACGUUCAUGUACAUCGCCCAAGCCAUUCAAGCUAUCAGAAACGAAACACAGUUAGAAAUUUCACCAAAUAUAUUUGUGCUUACACAGAACGGACAGUCGACAAUAAACAAAUCAUUUAAUCCUACUCAUUCGCCUCUAAUUGGCUUUGCACGAUCACUUGUAAAUGAAUAUGGCAUGCAUCGUCUGAAAUUAAUCGAUAUCCAAGGAUUAGAUCAUUUGCCAAUGUCAAAUAUUGUUGAUAAACUAGUUAAAGAAAUUGAUUCUUCAGUCACUAGUUCUUCUCUCAAUGAAAAUGUUCAAGAGAUUGUAUUGUCCUUCAGUUCUUCUGAUAAUGAUGGAAAUGUUUUUAUGCAGAAAUGGAUACCUGUUUAUGACAAAAUUAAGGCGGAAACGUUAGACAAAAAUCUAGCUGCAGUUGACAACAAAUUUAUCAUUCCAAAUGUUGAUUCUGACUCGAUACAAUUUAAAUUAGAAAUAGCACCGUCUCGAUUCUUAUCUGAUCUCAAUUGGGUGACAUGUGAUGAUCUGAUUCCAUUUUCACUAAAACCAACAGAAGUUGUUGUCAAAGUACAUAAUGUUGGGAUCAAUUUCAGAGAUGUACUCAAGGUAAGAGGCUUAUAUCCUCACAUACGACAAUUUGGACUCGAUUAUCAACAACAAAAUGCUAACACUCGAGAUGAAGAAUUUGGAUCGGAUUUCUCUGGUAUCGUUGUUCGUGUUGGUUCCGAUGUUACUAAUUUGUUCCGAAUUGGUGACAAGGUAUUUGGCUUAACAAGCAACACUGGAGUAUUUAAAUCGCACAUUGUAUUGAAUAAAAAUGAAAUUUUUCCAUUACCUUCAAAUGUAACCAUGGAGCAAGCAUGCACAGUGCCAACACCCUUUUGUACAGUUCUAUACGGUCUAAGAGAUCGGGCACAUUUGAAGUCUGGACAAUCUAUAUUAAUUCAUGCAGGAUCAGGUGCUGUUGGUCUAGCAGCCAUUCAGUAUUGUCGAAUGAUCGGUAAUGUUACAAUUAUUUGCACAGCUGGAACGGAAGAAAAACGAAAAUUUUUAAAACAAGAGUGUGGUAUCGAACAUGUAUUUAACAGUCGAGAUUUAUCGUUUGCCACCGAAGUGCGUCGAGUUGUACCAAAUGGGGUUAAUGUUGUUUUAAACUCACUUGCGAAUGAACUACUUCAAGAAUCUCUGAAACUGUUGGCACCUCUAGGCCAUUUCGUUGAAAUUGGCAAACGAGAUGUUUUUGCUAAUUCGAAACUGCCCUUAUUUCAAUUACGGGCGGAUUGUACAUUUCAUGUUGUCGAUCUAGUUAUGUUGCAGAAGAUACAUCCUGAACAAUGUUACGCUUUUUUACAAGAAAUAUCAGAAUUAUGUAAUCGUGGAGCCUUACAACCAAUUACCCCAGUGUCUGUCUUCGAACCAUCGCAAGUGAAACAAGCUUUUGCAUUAUACAAUCAAGUAUCACAUAUUGGAAAAUUGGUUGUAAGAUUAGCGGGUUCUUCUGAACAAUUAGAACUCAAAGAAAGACGACUAAAUACGAAAAACGAAAGAAAAGAACAAGAUAAUCAAAUGUUUACUGAUUUGCUGUGCAACAAGGGAACAGUUUUGAUUUCUGGUGGCCUGGGUGGCCUUGGUAUUGAAAUGUCAAGAUGGAUGAUUGAAGAACAUGGCGUUAAACGAAUAGCACUAAUGACAAGAAAAAAUGUGAACGAAUUGGACAAAGACAGUGUGCAGUUUAAAGAAUGGAUAAAUUUAAAAACAAUUGCAGCGAAUUAUAGUGCUCAUGUUGAAGUUGUCAAAGCAGACGUGACCGUGCAUGCUCAAGUUCUGAAAGUUAUUUCUGAGAUUAAUCGAAGCGAAUAUCCUGUUCGUGGUAUUAUCCAUAGUGCCGUUGUACUCCAUGAUACUUUCGUUGCUAACAUGACCCAAGAAACAUUAUCAAUGGUAAUGCGACCAAAAAUUAGAGGAGCUUGGAAUCUUCAUUACGCAACAAUAAUCACAUCAUGUCCUUUACACUUUUUUAUUAUGCUUUCGUCACUGCGAAACCACAUUGUUAAUUUUGGGCAAUCCAACUAUAACGCCGGUAAUAAUUUUCUUGAUGCACUUGCUCAUUACAGAUUACAUUGUAAACAUCUUCCAGCAUUAUCUAUCGAUUUAUGUGCAGUUUCUGGUGUUGGUACCGUUCAGAGACGUGGAGACACAUUGAUGUCAAUGCUACGUGCAGAAGGCCUCGAACUAAUACCGACUAUUUAUGUCUUUAAAAUCAUUGAACAAUUACAUCUAAUUCAGCGACAACGCCAGCCAGAAAUUGCUUUUAGUUGUCCUAUUAUGUUUACUGUUAAUUGGAGAAGAGUACGUGCAACAAAUAAUAAAUUAGCAUCAUUGACAAAAACUGUCAAUGAAUAUGCUUUAAUUGAAGAACAAGAAGAAAUAUCUAAAGAUGAAAAAACAGAUUUCACAAUGGAUAUUGAUACAAUCAAACAUAAAAUCCAUUUAGCAGUAUCGAAAUUAUUUGGGGCUCUAAGUAUAGAUCGAAUCGAUCUGAAUACGCCACUCGUACAACUAGUUGCAGUGGAACUACUUAAUUGGUUAGAAAAAGAGAUGAGAAUAUUGAUUCCUGUCGUAGAAUUGUUGCAAGGAAUAACCGUCACAGAUCUUAGUUUACGUGUUCAUUCGAAAUUACUGAGUACACAUUCUGGGACUGUAACGGUUGACAACUAUAAUUCAGUUGCAACCAACAAUGAGGACAAUGUUGAGAACGAAAGCCAAACCGAAGCAAAUAAUGCAUUGGCGAUCAAUGAUGAAUAUACCGGUAUUUCUCUUAUAGAACCACUUCAUUUUUCUGACUAUAAAUCAACGUUAUUCUGCGUUUAUGAUAUAACGGGUUCAUCUCAGAUAUUUUCUUCGUUUGUCGAUAAAAUGUCUAUGGAUCAAAAUUCACCAUCAAUCGUGGCGUUUAGUGCAAGCGAGUACGAAAAAGAUAAACAAUUGGUAACGUCGAUUCAGACAAUCGCACAAGAAUAUAUUACGCAAAUGAGACGAUUGCAACCACGAGGACCUUAUCAUUUGAUUGGUUAUAAGUUUGGCUGUUUUAUUGCUUACGAGAUGGCUCGACAACUGCAUAGAUUUCAUCAAACAACCGUUAAAACUAUGGUUUUAAUCGAUCCUGACACGUCCGUUCUUCAUGAAGAAACAUUAAAUUACGAAGUUAUUCAUAAACUAGCUGACAAAUCACGAGAGCAAAGUAAAACUAUGCCACAAGUGUUACCCAUAUUGGAACAGUACAAACACGUAUGGUCUGCAGACGAUAAUAAAGAGCAAACAGAACAUGUUAAGAGAAUUACCGAAAUAUCACAUUCAUUAUAUGAUGCUAAAGAAGAUUACACAAUGGAUGUUGCAGCUGACGGAAGUGGAGAUAAAAUAGUAGAUAUUGCUCUUAUGUUUAUCAGUUCAGGAGGAGACGAAAACACGAAGAACCAUACAAUUAAGAAUGAAACACAACAGGAUCAAACUCAUAUAUGGAAGAGGAUAUUACCUCAAUUGACAGUUAGGCAAGUUAGAUGUAAUCAUCAUUCAUUAUUACAGGCACCCUUUGUAGAUAUAAUCAUAGAAUUUCCAGAAUAUCUCUCCUAUAAAACAGUAUUCUCAAAAGAAAACCCCGUUCUAACGAGUUAUACAUCAUCAUCUGUGCUUUAUAACUAG